UAGGAGAUUGUCAUUCAAUUAUUUCUUUGACAUCGUUCAUAAAUCUAUAAUUUAUAAUUUUGAUAUUAGAAACAGUUUUUUUAGUUUAACGUAGAUUGUUAUGAUUGCGAAAACAGAAUCUUCAUCAUGGCUUUGAAGAAAGUUAAAGGAAAUUUUGAAAGAAUGUUUGACAAAAAUUUGACUGAUUUAGUACGAGGAAUCAGAAAUAACAAAGAUAAUGAGGCAAAGUAUAUAGCCCAGUGUAUGGAAGAAAUAAAAGUAGAACUAAGACAAGAUAAUAUCAGUGUGAAAGCUAAUGCCGUCGCGAAACUGACAUACCUUCAAAUGCUAGGCUACGAUAUCUCAUGGGCAAUAUUCAAUAUAAUUGAAGUCAUGAGUUCAAAUAAAUUUACUUUCAAACGCAUAGGAUAUUUAGCAGCAAGCCAAUCAUUCCACGCAGACUCUGAAUUACUUAUGCUCACAACAAAUAUGAUAAGAAAAGAUUUGAAUGCUCAGAACCAAUAUGAAGCAGGCCUUGCACUAAGUGGUCUAAGUUGUUUUAUUUCACAUGACUUGGCAAGGGAUUUGGCUAAUGAUAUUAUGACAUUGAUGAGUUCAACAAAGCCAUAUUUGAGAAUGAAAGCUGUGCUCAUGAUGUAUAAAGUAUUUUUAAGGUAUCCAGAGGCUCUGAGGCCCGCAUUUCCUAAAUUAAAAGAAAAAUUAGAGGAUCCAGAUCCUGGUGUACAGUCUGCAGCAGUAAAUGUUGUUUGUGAAUUAGCAAGAAAGAACCCUAAAAAUUAUUUAUCACUAGCGCCUGUAUUCUUUAAACUAAUGACAACUUCUACAAAUAAUUGGAUGCUGAUCAAGAUUAUAAAACUGUUUGGUGCCUUAACCCCAUUAGAGCCUCGACUUGGCAAGAAACUGAUUGAACCAUUAACUAAUUUAAUACAUAGUACAUCUGCGAUGUCACUGCUAUACGAGUGCAUCAACACGGUGAUAGCGGUGUUGAUCAGCAUCAGCAGCGGUAUGCCGGGACACGCCGCCUCUGUGCAACUCUGCGUACAGAAGUUGAGAGUGCUCAUCGAGGACAGCGAUCAGAAUUUGAAAUAUCUAGGAUUGCUGGCAAUGUCUAGAAUACUCAAGUCCCACCCCAAGUCAGUGCAGACUCACAAGGACCUCGUGCUAACGUGUUUAGAUGAUAAGGAUGAGUCAAUUAGAUUGAGAGCUUUGGGCCUUCUUUAUGGUAUGGUAUCUAAAAAAAAUUUAAUGGAGAUAGUAAAAAAGCUGAUGUUGCACAUGGAGCGCGCGGAGGGCACGCUGUACCGCGACGAGCUGCUCACCCGCAUGAUUGAGAUCUGCUCUCAGAACAACUACCAGCAUGUAGUCGACUUCGAGUGGUACGUCACCGUGCUCGCUGAGCUCACCGAGAUGGAAACAUCCGCUAAACAUGGUUGUAUCCUGGCACAGCAGCUGACAGAGGUGGGAGCGCGCGUGGCGGGCGUGCGCGCGUUCGCAGCGCGCGAGUGUGCGGCGUUGUGCGCGCGCGCCGCCGCCGCACCGCCCGGCCCCGCCUCGCGCGAGGUCCUCUACGCCGCCGCAUACGUCCUCGCCGAGUAUUGCACUGAGCAGAGCGUGAUGCGCGACUCCAUAUCUCCAUUGCUGGGAUGCGCGGGCGUGGGCGGGGCGCACAUGCGCGCGCGCGCCGUCUGCGUGCAUGCCGCGCUCAAACUGUGCGCGCGUCUGCUGCUCGUCUACGAACAGCGCAACGAUCUGCUCGCCGCACAAUCGGUGGUCCGCGAGACCCUGUCGGGGCUGAAGCCGCUGCUGUGCAGCGAGGACAUGGAGGUGCAGGAGCGAGCUCACAACGCGAGCGCCAUGCUGACACUGCUGCUGGCGCGCCUCGACCCGCACCACCCCGACAUCCUCGCACUGCCCGACUCCGACUCUCUCACUGACACUGAACACAUCGCCACACUAGUGCAACAUGAACACAGUAAUGGUAUAGAAUUGAAUGAACAGUUGACAAAUGGAGAAGAAACAUCGCAAGGCUUCAGCGGGGGCUUGAUAGAGGAACUUGCCAGCCUUUUCGAAGGCGAAUUGAAACCUGUCGCACCCAAGGCGCAGAAGAAAGUGCCCAUGCCCGCUGAGUUGGAUCUGAAGAAGUGGGUGUGUCGCGAGCGAUGGUCCUCGGAGAGCUCCAGCUCGGAGGAUGAGGGCGAGGCGGGUGCGGGUGCGGGUGCGGGCGGUGCGGGGGGCGCGGUGUUCACUGCUCCCGUGCAGGAGACGCGCCCACUCUCGCAUCUCACACCAGAGGAACUGCAUAUGUUGCGCGAGGCGAGGCGACAGGAGCAGGCCAACAACCCGCACUACCUGAAGGACGACUCGCCGCGCUCCUACCAGCAGGACGAUGUCGCCGCAGUGCCCGUCGCUGAGCUCGCCCUCGAAGUGCCCCUCCAUAUACACUCUAAGAGAUCUGAUAAGUACUUAAAGGAAAGCACCAAAAAAGCAAAGAAAGAGAAGAGGCCGACGAAGAAAAGGAAAACUAAACAAGCCGAGAACCAUUCCACAGAUUCCGACAGCGAUGAAGAAGCGGAGCGCAUGGUGCGGCCCGCGGUGGAGGAGGGCGGCGAGCUGCCCGAGGGCGCCGCGCCCAGCGACGACGAGCCCACGCGCGACGACCCACACCGCGCCCUCGACCUGGACCUCGACCUGCCACUGCGCGAAGAAGAAUUACUAGCAACAAGAAUACAACAGUACCCGUCGCCGGACGGCGGUCUGCUCGAAAAGAAGAAAUCUUCUAAGAAAAAUAAAACAAACUCUAAAAACUCAUCCGAUAAAACCUCAAAUAAAAAGAAGGAAAAGAAAACGAAACGUAAUAAAGACUUAGAUUUAAUGUUACCUGAAGUUGAUAAGAAAGAUGUUCCCGAAACAACUUUCAUUGAGGAUUUGGAGCAAGGCAAAGAGAACGCCGAGAGAGCAACACUCGCCAACACCGACAGUGAAUGUCGCGACCAACUCAAGAAUAAGACUGACAAACAUAAGAAAACUAAGAAAGAUACUGACAAGGAUAGAAAAUCUAAGAAAACUAAAACAUCGAAAAAAGAUAAACAGGAGAGCAAGCGCGGCUAUGAGGAGGCGGUCGGCAUCUCCACACCCAGCAAGGAGGCUGUGUAGUACACAUUUCCUCCUACACACAAAUCACUCUCAGUGCAAUUCUGCUAGUUAUACACGAGGGCAGAACAGUGACAUAGAGCAGUAAACAAUGCAGUACUCCUAGUGUUUCAACUCAGUCUCUGCGUUCUAACUACAUUAGUACUGGACUGCCCUCGUGUAAAACUGGCAACGGGAAUUUCAACGCUCGUAACACAUGCAUAAGAACGCUAAUGUCAAUAUUGUUGUUAUACAAGUGUUAAGACAGUGGAAAUUCACCGUUUAUUUGAACAAGUUAUGUUUCGUUACUAGUAUCAUAUUAGACAUUGCUUUCAUUCCUCUCUCUAAGUGAA